UGACUGCCGAGGCGGGGAGAGGAGUGGCGUCCUCCUUCUUUCCGUCCGGCGAAAAAUCCCAUCGCCGGCCGCCGGCCGCCAGCGCCGCAUCCCCGCAGCGAAAGCCCUACCCCGCCGUCGCCAUCGGGCCGCACUCCCCGCCAGCUCCCGGCAGAGGCGGAAUGGGCGACAGACGGCGGCCAGGAGACGCGGCGACGGAGAAUGCUGGCGCUGGCACGCCGGCUUCCGGAGGCCCUGCCAUCCCGGCGCCAAGGAGCGGCACAAACGAGGCUGUGCGCGGAGGGCCGGGCCCAGGUCGGAAUACGCCCGCUCCUGCCCAGCAGACUGGUUCUUCCGACAGGCAGCAGGAUGCUUCCAAUUCUCUGUCGGGAGAUUCAGACAGACAGCAGAGCGGGAAUGCUAGCAGUUCCUCAAAGAAGCGGAAAAGGAUCAGCGCCAGAAGCUACUUUAAGAAAUUUAAGUUGGCCGAAGGGGCGAAUGCCGCAGAUGUAGGUGUUGCUUCUGAUGACAAGGAAAACACUUCGAGCGGGCAUGUGGCAGACAGCAACAUCUACAAACUAUGUGAAGGUAGCAGGCUAAUUGGAAAAAACAAGAGACAAUCAAGCGACGCUGUAUCUAAAGUUUCCGAACGCCUUGUUUCUGGUUCGCAUGAAGCUUCGGAGACAGUGGUUAAGCAAGGUUCUGAACCAUCUUCAGAGGCAGGACCUACAUUGAGCCCCCCUCUUCAACAACAUGAUGACACCCAACAAAAAGAAGGGGUGAAAAAACUGAUGAGCACACCCAAGAAUCUUCACCUCCAACUUAAGCAGGAACUGUCAAAACUAAUUAAGGUGCUACAGCUGCCGGAUAAUGUAAAAUUUAUGGCCGAUCAGUUAUUUGAAUAUGUUCUGAAUAAUCAUCAAGUUGUUACCGAGCCAGUAUGCAUCUUGCACGCGUUCAACAUAGCCUUGUGUUGGUAUGCUGCUUCUCUGCUUAAAUGUAAGGUAGACCGCAGAGAGUCGCUUGUCCUUGCUGAAAAAGGCUUGAACUGUGAAUGCAAUGAAGAACUUGUGGCAUUGAUGUAUAGAAAAUUGAGGACCCUAAAGGAAAAAAUCCCAUAUAGAGCAGGUGAAAUAAGCAUCAAGGGUCGACCAGUGUCAGUAGAAGACAUCAGACUUUCAUGGCAAGAGACCUCUACUAACUUGGAAAAUGACCACAUUUUCCAAAACGAGGAAAUGGAUCUUCAUGGUGAGUUCUCACAUGGUGCAUGUCAGGAGACCUCAGCUGUUGCUGAGCAGAUAAUCUCAGAGAGGCAGGAACCUGUUCAAGAAACUUGCAGAGAAUAUCACACGCAAAAUCAUGAGAUUCUUAGCAUGAUUGUGGAGAAAAGUAUAGAUUUAGUUAGAAAUGUUUUCUCCUUAAGAGAAAAGAAUAUCCUUUGCAAACAACAGCUUGAGAUAUCAGGUUUAGUGACACACAGGCAGAACAAUGUCAUCAGACUGAAAGAAGUAUGCAGUUUAGUUCUGGAACAUGUCUGUAGAAGUCACAUUGAUGAAAUGACCAGGAGAAAAGAAAUAAAGCAGACUGCUUAUUGGUUCACUAUGCUCAUGUAUGGAUUUUUGGAGCACAUGAAGUUCCAACAUGAAAAACUUGAGGGACUGCAAUCUGAUACAUGGUCUUCAGAGCGACAGCUGAAGGAAAAUCUCUACCAGGUAGCAAAAUCAGGCCAAUUAGAUCAAGGCUUUGAUCAGCGCAUUGCUCUACCAGAUUCAAAGUUUGUUAUGGAAGAAUUCAUCCAUUUUAAGGAACGGGAUGGUGGGUAUCGUAUUGUUGAAAGUUCUCUGUCACAUUGUAAGCAGCCAUCAAAUGCCACAUUGUUGAUAGAAAUAGUACGAAAUGAAGUUCUUUCAGAGCCCAUAUCUAUCCAGCCAAUAGAAAAUGAGCCAGUUGAGACUUCUGUGGGCUCUCGCGGUAGACUAGCAUCAGAAGUUGUUGAUUUUUCAGAAAACAUCAUCAGCUGUAAUUCUGAUGGCAUUGGUGUAGAAAGUGCUGGCUGUUCAUCAAGUACUGUUUCUUCAAACAAUGAUUCCAUCGGUCAGGAAGCCUCAACCUGUAGAAAUACUGAACAUAUUGUGAAGCCAAGUAUGCUGCUGGGAGGUGCAACUUCUCUUGUUAGAGGAGUUAAUUCGAACAAUGAUGACACUAUGGACACAGAUGGCCACUUGGACUCACCAAUGUUGGCUUCUUCACAAAGCUUCAUAUCCAUGGUUGGAGCUCAGUCUGUUUUACCAUGUAUGUCUCCCCAUCAAAGCACAUAUCUGUCUGCUCAACAAAAUGUAGCACCUUCAUGGUGUCCACCUGUCGAAGCAGAACAUACAGGUGUGGGCACACAAGAGAUUCAGGUUAUGCAGCCUGAAAUGCAACCAUCAAUCUUCUUUCCGGAUGCUCCACUUCAAAAGAUAUCCGAUGACAGGAGCCAAACAGGGUUUCAACCAGAUAGAGCAACUGGACUGCCACAAGGAGCCGCAGAAACUUCUCUGCAUUUAGGUGAUGCCAGAAUGCAAGGCCAGGGAAAAAGUGAUGGCAAUGUAGGUGCGGAUCCAUUGCUGUUAACUUAUCCUGCAGAUAGCCCAGUUACCCUACAAGUUUCUACCGAAGUUGAAACCCAGACUUGCGAACCAACUAUGCCUGCAACACAAAGUAUCAAUCCACCUGCCCAACAAAAUGUUCUAGGCACAGAGGCAGCCAGCGAUUUGCACCCUAAUGUGCAACCAUCAACCUCAAUGCAGGAUGAACCUGAAGAGGCAGAAGAUGAACCUGAUGCAGUGGAUGAGCCUGCAGAGGCAGAGCGAGCAGCUACCUUUGGUUUCAUAGCAGCUCAGACUUUGCAGCCUGAAACGCAAUCAUCAACCUCUACACAGGAUGUUCUGUUUGAACGAACUUAUCUUUCUGGCAUGCCUGUGCUACAUAGUCCAACUAUCCAUCAAAGUGUAGAACCUUCACUGCAUCCACAUGGAGAAGCAGAAUCUGUGGUCAUGGUGACAGCUCAUGAUCUCCAGUCUAAAAUACUACCGUCAGCACCAGUGCCUGCGGAACAAAAUACAAGUCUGCUUUCCCAACAAAGUUUAGCAACUUCGCAACAUUCACCAGCAGAAGCUGAACCGGCAGAUAUUUUGUGCACAAAGCUAGCCUGCGAUUUGCAGCCUUCGCUAGUCGAAAUGCAUGAUCAACCUGCAGAAGAACAAUCAUGUAUCUUGCGCACCAUAGCUGCUCGGAAUUUACAGCCUGAAACACAACCAUCAACCUCAAUGCAGAGUGCUCCUUUUGGGAAAACCCAUCUGUUUGUCAUGUCUAUGCUACAAAAUCUUACGGCCCAUCGUACUGUAGAACCUUCACUGGAUCCACAUGCGAGAGCAGAAUCAACACAUACACUUUGCUCGCUGACAGCUCAUGUUCUGCAACCUGAAGUACAGUCAUCGGCCUCAAUGCAGGGUCGACCUGCAGAAGCAGAAGGAGCAGUUAUGUUAGGCUCCACGACAGCCCAUGAUGUGCAGACUGAAGUGCAGUCAUCAACCAAAGUUCAGCCUGUUCCACUUGAAAGAAUACGCCCUGAAGAAAGGAGGCAAAUUGGUUUUCUGCCAAAUAUGGUAUCUGGUAUUGAACAGCCCACACACCACCCUCCAGCCAAAACGUUAGUGUUUAAUAAUCCAAUACUUAGUGGCGACCGGCUGAAAAAUGAGUUGCACACGUUAAUGCAUUCCAACAGUUUGCUUAGUAAAGACCAUGAACAUAAGAAAGCACUACUUCUAAUAGAGUGCAACCAAGAAAUAGAGAAGAUAAAAAAGAAGUAUGCCUCAUUACUUCAAAAAGAAGAGUCCACUUAUGUUCAGGCCCUGAGGGAUCUCACUGAUAUAUACAGGAAAGGUCUUGUAGAGGAAUCACUAGCUGAGAGUUUUCGAGGACAGAUUACACCAUCAGCUGCAGCUCAAGGUAUCCAACUGACAGCUGCUGGCAUAUCUUGUUGUUCUCCAAGGAGCCUUGUAACCGAGCAUGCAUUUGAGCCUUCUUCAGCGCAUGCAUUUGAGCCUUCUUCAGCAGCUGAACCAUCAUCAAGAUGGAAUGCCCAACCCCAGUCAAUCCUAGCUGGACAUCUCUAUGGAACGACAUCAUCACCUCUUGUUCCAGCGCCUGCGCCAAAUGUCAGCGAGGGUUCUGCAGGAGCACAACUGCAUGCAUCCGCUCCUCAUCUCCAGCAUCUCAGGAUGCCAUGGGCACAUGCAGUUCACACAGACAAGCAGCAACUUCCUCCUGCUAGUCCACCAUUGGGACAGUAUGCCCCUGUUACCAUGGGAAGCUAUGCAUCGACAGUUCCAUGGGGAGGUGCUGUAUUAAACUGCAUGGAUCCAAGUUUAGCUCACCAAUCAGUGUUGCCAUCACAAUCAAGCUCACGUCCAGCACCCCCGCUGCCAUCCGGUCGACAUACAGAGUCCAUCCUGAAUAUAUAGUAUAUAACUAGUUUUCCUCGCCGGCCGAAAAGAGCAUAUGACUUCGGUGCAUGUCUCUGACAGCUUAGGCUUUGGUUUAGCGUGUAGCUUAUUAGUAUUGCGCAUGAUUUCCUCUUGUUCGACUGACAUACAUUGCUCAUGCUGUUGUAGGAGGUUUGGGAAAUGGCACGAGGCGCAUAUCCAUG